AUGGGCAGCCCUCUUGACCAACUCUCAGGGGACAUCAGCAAGUUGUCUGUGUUUCUCGACCUUAGGCGCCCUGAUUUCAAAAAGGGAUCGCAAUCUGGCUACCUACAGAAUAUUCUGGAUUCUUGUGCCGAGGAAGAUCUCUCCAGGACGGAAGUCACAGCACAAGUUGCUUCAAGCCUAUUUAGUAUUUUGCAAUAUACUAUAUCUCAUUUCUUUGAAGCUGGUCAGAGUCAGAAUCUCAAUGGCCUAGGGUUUGAGAGUGGAGGAGGCGUGAAAAUGCCGUUUCAAUCCGCGUUUGGAGAUUAUAUCGAGGUUGAACUGAAAGGAAGCGAUACAUUCCUACCGAGGCAAUCUACCUUGAGGUUGCCGUCGUUUGCCUCGACUCGAUUCAAUUUACGUGGCUGA